AAAAAAAAAAAAGGAAUGAGAGCGAACAAUACAGCCAGGAUGGCUAAAGGUGACCCCAAGAAACCAAAGGGCAAGAUGUCUGCUUAUGUCUUCUUUGUGCAGACGUGCAGAGAAGAAUGUAAAAAGAAAAACCCUGUCAAUUUUGCAGAAUUUUCCAAGAAGUGCUCUGAAAGGUGGAAGACAAUGUCCGGGAAAGAGAAGUCUAAAUUUGAUGAAAUGGCAAAGACGGAUAAAGUGCACCGUGAUCGGGAAAUGAAGGGACCAGCUAAGGGAGGCAAGAAGAAGAAGGAUCCUAGUGCCCCCAAAAGGCCACCAUCUGGAUUCUUCCUGUUCUCUUCGGAAAUCCGCCCCAAGAUCAAAUCCACAAACCCUGGCAUCUCUGUUGGAGAUGUGGCAAAAAAGCUGGGUGAGAUGUGGAAUAACUUAAAUGACAGUGAAAAGCAGCCUUACAUCACUAAGGCGGCAAAGCUGAAGGAGAAGUACGAGAAGGAUGUUGCUGAUUCUAAGUCGAAAGGGAAGUUUGAUGGCUCAAAGCGUCCUGCUAAAGUUGCCUGGAAAAAGGUGGAAGAGAAGAUGAAGACGAGGAGAUGAGGAGGAGGAUGAAUAAACAAAGUGUUUAUCUGUCAAAAAAAAAAAAGUAAAUGGAUAAAAAUGUGA